UUCCGCUAGCUUAACGUGGCGUCGCUGGCUGAGUCAGGCAGAAAAAGCCACGGCUGUUGCUCGGUCCGGUUAGUUUCGGGAGGCGGUUGUUUGUCGGGUUUCAGUACCUCACCGUCCGGUAACAAGCCCGUCCUCACUUUGUGACACUAAAGGCGAUGAACGGUAAGUCAGCGAACGGCUCGGUGGGAGGAAUGGCCUGCAUCGAGGGUCUGCCGCCGCUGCCCAAGAGCCUGAGCGGGUUGCUGAACUCAAGCGGCGGCUCGUGGAGAGAAAUGGAGAGAAUGUACGUGAAGAAGACCAUGAUCCAGGACGACCUGAGCCGAGGCAGGAACAACACCGACAACCUGCUGGCCAACAAACCGGCCAACCUCGACGCUGCUCUGGCUCUUCUGCGGAAGGAGAUGGUGGGUCUGCGUCAGCAGGACAUGUCUCUGCUCUGCCAGCUGUGGUCGCUGCACGAGUCCAUCCAGGAGUACAAGGGCAGCUGGCGCGACCUGAGUGCCGCCUCCAGCCUCAGCAUGAUGGAAAACGGCUACUUCGACGAGGACGAUGAGUAUUACGCCGAGCCGGGGGCCACUCCCACCGGUGAACAGCCAGACGGAGACGUUGACGAUGGAACCUCAACACUGGCUGCAAGCAAGAAUGGGAGCAGCAGCAGCAGUGGCAAAGAUGACAGCUGGGACUCCUUCCACGUCACCAUCUGAGUUCUCCGCAUUUUUCCGGACUCGUAUUUUGCGGUCGACUCGCUGGCAGGCGGAGAAAAGAGGCUUUUGGAAACCUGUUAGAAGGGAGUGUCUGUUUGGAGGCAGCAGCUUGUGUUUUUGUUUCUGAAGCGGACUCCAGAGGUGAAAAGGUCCAGCCUGACCUCAGCUCCUCCUCAGGUGGAACAUCUGCACAUCAGCUUUGUGCAGCAAAAUGUUUUUUUAAGCGAUCCAAAGUUUAAAACAGGAGUUUUCUCCUUCUGCAGAGAAAACAGACUGAAUGUUUUUCAAAAGGACUCAGAUCUUGUCUUUCUUUUUUCCCCAACAGCUCUGCUGCUUCUCCAUCAAAUUCUCUUUUUUACACACACAAAUCUAUGAAAAAAUUAUUUAUUAUAUAAUAUAAAUAACAGAAUAUUCUUUUUCUUAUUACUCUUGUUGGAAGUUUGGUGCUGUGUUGUCACGUACAGUUGGAGGAUUGACAGAAAAAUGGAAGGAUGGGAUUUUAACUUCUAUUUGCAUAAAUCCUGGAGGUAACCUGAAAAGAUGAUCAGAUGGAAGCAGGAAGAAGUGAAGUCUUCACGUUUUAGAGGAAACGUUUCAGGCUGGGAUUGGUUUGUCACUCAGAAACGAGUGUUUGGGUGUUUGAAAAUGUGAAAUGUUUAAAACGCUGUUUAGAAAACGGCAGAAAAGCCUUGCAGCUCGCUGCUUUCGGCUUCGGAUUGUGAUUCAGGACUGCUUUGAUGUGUUAACCUGUGAUUAGUUAAGGGCGUGUGACGUGCAGGAAUGCCUGGAUCUGGUUUACAUAUCUCCAUUUCAAACGUAUCUAUAAUUAUGAUGCAUAAACAGAAAGUGAAAGCAUUUUUGUUAGUUUUACAGCCUGAGUCCUGAUUGUGGAUUUGCUCUUAUUCAUCAGGUUCUUGGAGAGUCUGAAUCUGAAAGAUUUAUAAAAAUGAUUGAUUUGUAUCAAAAUGAAAUGAGGUCAUCUUUAUAUUUACUGACAUAAUCCAGAUAAGAGCAACAUUAGAAAUAAGAAAAAUGCUGAGAUCAGGAGACGUUUGGCCUGCUAGCUGCAUUUUUAUGCUUCUGAACGUAUCAUUCGUGACUUAUGACACGAAUCAGAUUGCCCUUUGAAACUUACUGUGGCCUUUGAAAAUCUCUAAAGCUUAAUGGCAGAUGGACAGAAAACAGGGUUUUUGUCUCCGUGUCGUACAAACAGGGUUAAACAGCAAUCAUCAGGCGUUAUUUCUCAGCUGGUUGGUGUAAAGUUAUGCGGUUAAACACCAACACGCUAAACAAAACCAGCUCUUUUCAGACUUUUAAACAUUUCCUUUGGAGGUUUGGUUUGCGUUUGGACGCAUUUCUACUCAAUGGGCCUUCCUACUUUAAUAUCAGCUGCAGGGGUUUCUGAGGACCUUGGUGAGGGUGUAGUUCUAAUCGCAGCUAUGCUAAUUCUUAUGUCUGAAGCGUUUUGUUAUUGAACACAAACCAAAGACUGCACAGCUGUCGGCGUCGUGUUGGAUUGAAGGUGCUGAAGCAAACCUUCAGACAUCUGAACAACCAUCUCCGUUUCCUCUGCAGCAUCGACCUUGAACGUAGCUAAAUCUGACUCUACUUUACAGCUAUUGUAAAAAAAUGUGUUUACACAAAACCUGACCUCGGGUGAGACGUUCAGGACUUUUAAACAUUAAAAAAAAAUUUUUUUUGCCUUUAAUUUAGGGCUCUGAAAGUUUAGCCUCAAAUCUACCAUCUUAUAUGAAGUUGGAGCUAUUUGAGUGUUUUCCUGUAAUAAACAAUGAUUGUUUUCCCCAUUGUAGAUGGCUUCUUGAAUGGCCUCUGUUAAGAGAAACAGCUUUUACUUCCUCCUGAACUGAUGAGCUAACGACUAGUCUGAAUGCAGCAUUACAAAAUAUUACAUUUUUGAAGGCCUGUCUGUGUUCAGACUAGCCAUUAGCUCGUCAAUCUUGAAGGGCGAAAACCAUUUCUCUGAACACAGGCUGUUCAAGAUGCCACCUACAGCAACUAAGAUGGUGAAUAUAAUUUUUGUACAAACUAAAAUAAAAUGGCCCAUAAACUACUAUAAAGUUGUUUCCUCUAAUCUGAGUUAAUUUCUCAGAUCUUUGUUGCAUCUGCAGGAUUAGAAACAACCAGAGAUUAACUGAAUGUUCGUCCUACAUUUAUUUAGUUUAACAGGCUUAAUCCCAAUCUGUUGCCGAAAAACAUGAAUUUCUUCUUCGAUUUAAAAGUCUUGAGCAUUUCUGUUGGAUGUCUACACAGUCGGUGCCUUUUGUGAACCUUCUGUUCCAGACGAGGCUGGAACUGUUUGUCGUUUGCUUUCUAAAGCUGCUGCAUGCUGAGUCUAGAUUAGAUUCCCGAUAAUCCCUGACUCAUGGUGGGUUAUUGCUAAACAGUUGCUGGUCACUAUGCUCCAGCUACUAAAUCUACGGAAAAAGAGGAUUAAAAAGUUGGAUUUGCAUGAAAGUUUUCUGCGAUGAAGAGUUUGGGGUUUGUGCGUUUGUGUUCUGGACGAGGCAGCGGGAGUUUAUGUUCCUGUCUUGUUUUCUGAACCCUGCAGGGUUUGAUUCGUCAAGAUGAGGUUUAAUCUUCUGCACGUGGCAGCUUUAAUAGCCUUAAACAGUCGUGUCAUCAGCUUCGGAUUUGUUUAGAUUUGCACUUCUUUGUGUGAAAACCCCCCAAAAGCACGGUCUCUAAAACACCUGUGUAACUGAAUCCAGCACAAAAAGGAGCUUUAACACAAAUGCCAGCUAGUUGUACCCUUGAGUGUUUUCUACUUAAGCUCCCCCCUUUUUUCACAGUUGGAGGUGUGAUCUCAGGGCAAAUGUGGUUUUGUGUGUAAAUGUUGGAACACGGUUUUAAAGCAACUGGUGAUGUAUGUUUGCUGUAAAUAAUGUCCCACCCAUAAAGAAUUAAUUAUCUUUAUUUGAAUGUUACGGUGUUUCAAAGAGCAGAGCCUCGCGUUCACCAGUUUUAAACAGCUUCUUGUCAAAGGAGAAGACUCCAUAGACCAGAAUGCAAUGCAGCAUCUAAAGCGUGAAGCAUCGCUGCAAUCACAGUCACACCCAUGCUGUGGUUGUUGAAAUGAUUCCAGAGUGUCUUCCACGCCUCAGUAAUCCUGAAAAAAAAGCUUAUGAGCUGAGAAAAAAAGAGGAAAACUCGGUGAGAUGUAGCCUGUUUUAUAUAAGUUAUCAUUAAAAUAACAGUCUACUAAAGGGUAAAUCCCUAAUUUACAAAAACAUUAAAAACAAUGUUUUCAUUGUAUAUCACUCAUAAACAGUCAUUAAAUAAUGUAAACAAAUUGUUUUUGGUGCUAGAUAAAUGAUAUUCAGAGAAAAUGACGAUUGUAUUUGUUCUUGUAUCCAUGGAUGACCACAAAACUGUUGGUUUGGACUCUGUUCUCAAUGCUUUCCUGUUAUAUUUACCCUAAUAAAAGUCACUAAGUACUUUGGAA